ACCUUAAGUUCCUUCACAUCUGCAUGCACAACCAACACUCUCUUGGUUCUGCUCCUUUGAUCAGUAUGAAUUAUCCAUUAAUGAUUCUGCUCUGUGUAGGACUCCUACACCAGACCUGCGUUGUCCGUCUGGAUAAACUGGCAGACAGCAAGAUUUGUGGAGAUGCAGAAUGCUCAUAUGUUCUCUCCCUGGCCACAGCCUUGGAUGACUUUGUAGCUCCUGACUGCAGAUUCAUCAACAUCAAGAAGAAUCAGAAGGUCUAUGUGUAUUCUAAACUCAUACCAGAAGAGGGCGCCGGAGACUUCUGGUCUGGAAGUGUUUACAGUGAGCGGUAUGUGGACCAGUUGGGUAUCAUUGGAUAUUUCCCUGCAACUGUGGUGAAGGAGAUUCACACAUUUAAGGAAGGCACAGUUACAAUUCCCACAUCUGACAUGGACUUCUAUUGUUAUUAAGUCUUGCUUUCAGCAAUUGAGGCUUUUAUGAAGGAGAGCAGACAGUUCUACUUUGGAGCCUGUGUGACAGACUAUGUGCCAUUAUGUCCAGUUUGUCGACUUCAGCUGGAAUAAAAACCUGGACACUCUCAGCUCCACGUAGACCACAUUCUAACACUUCUGCUUUUGAGCCAGCUAGUCCUGUCUUGCAUUGUCUUAACAAGAGACUUUGCUCAGUAAAAGCUUUAUCAGUCAGUUAUGUCAGUUUGAUUUUUGGAAAGAUAAACUUUGUUUUCCAGAUUGCUAAUUUGACUCUUCAGGUUUAGUAAUUGCAAUUUCAUGGUAUAUUUCUGCUGGCACAUCUGUUAACUUGCUUUGAAUUAGUAAAACUGGAAAGUAACAACGGUGAGGAUUUGUUUUGUAGGUAGUCAUUAAUCUACAAAACAAAUAGCUUAUUUAGCAUUCGGUGUCUGAGUAUUCCAUGUAUUUAGUGAGGAUGCUUAAUUUCCUUAUAUGUAAGACAGAAAUGAUUUGAAUUGCACUAAUUUAGCAGACUUUAUUUAGACUGAUGCACCUGCAGCUUUGCUAAAAGCUCUGUUUGAUGUGUCAUGUGGCUCUGAAAUAUAUCAGUGCUCCAGGCCAGACAUCUCUGAAACUCAUAAGGUCUGCUUAAUACCACUUACUGUCAUGUAAUUUGACCUUUAAAACUUUGAUUUUAACUGUGAUCUAGUUAGAUUUAAUUUAUGGCCCAUGUGUUUUUAUGUUUCCAACAGUCUAAAAUGAGAUAUGACAUUAUAAUUCCCCUAUGAGGACAAAGCCUGUAUAUAUUUGAAUCUCUUUUGGACCGCUUUUCAAUCACCAGGAUCUUUUUUUCUGCAUUACAGUACCUAACCAGAUAUAGUGGUGAAUGUAAAAUCUCAGUCAAACGUACCCCUAUGGAUUAACAAACCUAAAGAUAUUUAAUUUUAAUAAAG